UCCAUGGCGCGGUGGUCGCGCGCGGAUUCCACGGGUCGCCGUGACCGCGCAGCCUCGACCCGCAGAGUCCACUUCGCAUUUUGAGCGACGCCCCCAAAUUCCGUGCAGAGUGUUUGCAGACCCUCCGGGACGGAGAGGUGGAGGAGGAAUCGGCAGCUCCGCCGUCCAUAUACGCUGCCAUCGCCACGCCAUUAGUUCAUGACUUCAUCGCCGCGGCUGACGGGGGGAGAUCGGGCCGCGCUCGGACGCUCUCCAGGACUCUGCUGCAGAGAAUGGGAAUAGGGACACAGACUGAGGCUUGCCAUUUUGGCUGAAGUAACAGCAGGACAGUUGUCAACCCCGCAUUGGCUCCGGUCCUCCACAGCUCCUCCACAAACGCACACACAGCGACGCACAAGGACAGACACACCCCGGCCUCUGCUAUGUCCACCGCCGUAGACAUUGCUGGCCCUUCCUCCCCGGAUCAGGCCCACAGCAGCGCCAAAAUCCCCAACGAGCCUCUGAGACCGAGCCUUAAGCGCUCCAGCCACCCCUACAGCCUCUCCCAUUACAUCUCCUCCCCUUCCCCUGCUGUGGAUGUCAAAGGCCUGAUCCAGCCCUCCCCGGCACAGCAGCGGGCCGCGCAGCCCGGCCACGCCAAGCCCCGCCGGGCCCCCUCCUGGCCCGACAUGUGGGAGUCGCCCAGCGGGCUCCACCUGGCCCACGCCGCGGAGCUGCUGAUGCGCGCCGGGCUGCUGGCUCUCACCCCCACCACCGCCGAGCAAACCAGCCUGGGAGCGCAGAGCAGCCAGCCGGCCAAAAGGGAGGCUACCGAGGCCAAGGGGACGAAGAGGGACGGGGAGGGCGGCGGAUCUGGACCCGACGAAGAGGAGGAGGACUCCUCUGGAUGUAGCACUGACUUCCAGCCCUUCCUCGGCGCCUGGUUCCCCUUCAACCCUGCCCUGUUCCCCCUGGCAGGCUUUCAGAUGGGUGGAGGUCACUGGAGGAGCGCGGCCAUGGGAGCCGAGGGCAUGGAGGGGCUGGUGGCCGAGGGCUACUCCCCCAGCUCUCUGGGUGGAAACAGCGGUGGGCGACGGAAGAGGAAAAGGUGCGGUGAGUGCGUACCUUGCCGCCGCCAGACGAACUGCGAGCAGUGCAGCAGCUGCCGCAAUCGCAAGAGAGGACACCAGAUCUGUAAAUACAGGAAGUGCGAGGAGCUGAAGAGGAAGCCCGGGGGGCCGGGGUUCGAGAGCAGGGUGUCUGGAUUUGAUCUGAGGGGAUCCGACUUUACUUUGGCCCUGGCGCAGGAGAGAAGCAACACAGCCCUGGACGGAUAGUAACUCCUGACUUGGCCACGUUUGUCAGAGGAUGCUGGUUGGAUGAUUGUUUGGGAGCUGUAGUCCGAUCGACACCGCACUGACCCGCUGGGACUACGAUCCAAAGACCCGCAGAUCUGGUGUUUAGGGAGGAACUGCAGCUCCGUUUCAGAAUGUCCACACUUGUUCCCAUCCUUUUCUUUUGACAAUCAGUGAAUCGGUGUGGUAAAAAAAAGGAAGGAAGGAUACCAAGGUGUGUCAAUAUUUACAUGACAACAACAACAACCUGUACAUAGACUGUAAAUACCUGGAAAACAUUAUGUCUUCUGUUAUUCUUUAAUUUUUUUUUUUACAUUGCUUUCCAGUUUGGAUGUAUCGUGCUUCAACAUAAAAAAACGGAGCCCAAAAAUGUUUUGUUUCUGAUGAGGGAGUUUCUGCUUCUGUUGAUCCUGACGUUGAUGCAUCAGUAAGAAAAUGAAUGAGUUCAGCCUUGGCUAAAUUAUUUCAUGUGCAACUUGUACUGUAGAGCCCUGUUUGCCCUUUUGAAAUAAAAGAGAAUUUGCCAUGUGCACUUGUCUA